GCAGUUUUCUUUCAGCAUGCUGUUUGUUUUUCCCCUCAGAUGGAAAGGGAUUCCUUUGAUUUGCCAUCACAUGACGCCCUCUCAAAGAUCCUCCUGGAGUAUCUUCAUCUCGUCAAAAAUCCUAAAACUCAGACCAGGACAGAAUCUCUACCACAGAAAAAGUCAAACUCUCGGCUCAACCGAACCUUUGAUGUGCAUUCACCUAAAAAAAGUCCAUCACUACCUGAUUUCAAAAAGUAUCCUCAUGCAAGUGAAGUCACUGACCAUCAAACUAAAGAGUUGGAAAACUAUCGUGCGGCUAUGCAUAAGAUGGCGGAUGACAUCAUCGGCCUGCGCUCUCAGUUGAGCGGACUGGAGUCUGAGAACGGUCGGCUCCGGCAUGACCUCUCCCGCCAUCAGGACCUGGGCCAAAGCCUGCUGGACGACACCGACGCGGACAUCAUGACCAAGACCGAGAUUGCUGACCGGAUCGCCUCUCUGAAGUUCAAGCUCUCCAGUGAAAGCAGCAAAGCCGCUGCCCAGAAGGACAGAAUCCAACAGCUUCAAAACGAGCUCAUCAGGAAGAACGACAUUGAGAAAGAGUUUGUCCAGCUGCAAAGAGCACAUCAACAGCAGCAGGCGGUGCUAAAAAGAUAUCAGGCCCGUGGCAGUAAGAUAACUGUGCUGGAGGAUACAGUUCGCCAACAGGAAAAGGUCAUUGAGAAGAUGGAGAAAAUAUUGGAUGCGAAACUGAAGGAAAUAAACAAAGGAUAUUCAGAGAAGAAGAGAACAGCUGUGAAACAGAAAGAUGAAGAGCAGCUCAAGAGUAGAGAGAUCGAGUCUGUGCUGGCGGCAGAAAACUCUCGACUCCGAGCAGAGCUGGACAGGCAACGUAAUCUACCCCCACCUAUCAUCAUCCAGCCGCCUGUGCAGUCCCAUCAGCCUUUCUCAGACAGCGAGAAGCUGGACUUAUUGACGCAGCUGGCGAGAGCUGAGGGUCGAAUCCAGACACUGGAACAACAGCUGAAAGAGAACUCCAGACAAUGGGGGAAAGAGAAACAAGACAUGUUGACCAGACUCAGUGAAUAUGAACAUGGAUUCACUCGAACAUCACCCAUGAUUCUUUUUGAUCUGCCCGUGAAAAGUCUGAGUGAUUCUGUAUUAGGACAUUCUCGAUACAGGCAACUGGAACCUCUGAAGUGAUCACGUCAAAUCAAUGUUAGUAUUUUGCAAAAUAUUUUUUGGGGAAAAAAGUGUAUUUUUAAUAUAAAAAACAUCAUAACAUUUUUAUGUGCCAAUUUUCAUUUAUUCAGAUUAAUUCAAAGCGUCUCAUUUGU